CGGAAGUGACGCAGGGCGAACCUCCUUUUUGUGUUUGUUUUGCAGACAGACGCUGGAGGCUUCUUCCACUGGUGCCGUGUAAGACCUCCACUAGCGCAAUAUAUCUCCCUCUCUCCCUCACUCACACGUCCGAGAGCAGCCCUGGAUACAGAUGGACCAGCAGGCCCAGUCCUAUAUGCUUGCCAGUCUGACACGGCCUCACUCAGAGCAGCUGCUGCAAGGCCUACAGCUGUUACGGCAAGAUCACGAACUGUGCGACAUCGUGCUACGAGUGGGCGAUGCCAAGAUCCAUGCACACAAAGUGGUGCUGGCCAGCAUCAGCCCAUACUUCAAGGCCAUGUUUACAGGCAAUCUGUCAGAGAAGGAGACCUCAGAGGUUGAGUUUCAGUGCAUUGAUGAAGCUGCACUACAGGCCAUCGUGGAAUAUGCGUACACAGGAACGGUUUUCAUCUCGCAGGAAACAGUGGAGUCUCUCCUUCCAGCUGCCAAUCUCCUCCAGGUGAAACUUGUGCUAAAAGAGUGCUGCAGCUUCCUGGAGAGCCAGCUAGAUGCCGCAAACUGCAUCGGCAUCUCGCGCUUCGCUGAGACAUACGGCUGCCAUGACCUUUGUCUAGCAGCCACCAAGUUUAUCUGCGAGAACUUUGAGGAGGUCUGCCGGACAGAGGAGUUCUUCGAGCUGACCAGGGAGGAGCUGGAUGAGAUCGUGUCCAGUGAUUGCCUCAAAGUGCUCACGGAGGAGACGGUCUUUUAUGCGCUUGAGUCUUGGAUCAAGUAUGACCUGAGUGAGAGGCAGCAGUACCUGGCCCAGUUACUACACAGCGUGCGGCUGCCUUUGCUCAGUGUGAAGUUUCUGACGCGCCUCUACGAAGCCAAUCACCUCGUCCGGGAUGACCACGCGUGCAAACAUCUUCUCAACGAGGCCCUUAAAUAUCAUUUCAUGCCAGAGCACAGGCUUUCCUACCAGACAGUGCUGUCCACCAGACCACGCUGUGCACCAAAGGUUCUUGUUGCAGUAGGAGGCAAGGCGGGACUUUUUGCCACUUUGGAAAGUAUGGAGAUGUACUUCCCUCAGACAGACUCGUGGAUUGGCCUGGCCCCGCUCAGCAUGCCCCGCUGUGAGUUCGGCGUUGCCGUCCUGGACCAGAAGGUGUAUGUGGUGGGUGGUAUUGCCACACACAUGCGCCAGGGCAUCAGCUACAGGCGGCAUGAGAGCACUGUUGAGAGAUGGGAUCCAGACAGCAACACCUGGUCCUCGGUGGAGCGCAUGGCAGAGUGCAGGAGCACGCUAGGGGUUGUAGUGUUAGCAGGGGAGCUUUAUGCACUUGGGGGCUAUGAUGGUCAGUACUACCUCCAGUCGGUGGAGAAAUAUGUACCCAAAGUGAAAGAGUGGCAGCCUGUGGCACCCAUGACCAAAUCACGCAGUUGCUUUGCCAGCGCUGUGCUGAACGGCAUGGUUUAUGCUAUCGGAGGCUACGGUCCUGCUCAUAUGAACAGCGUGGAGCGCUAUGACCCCAGCAAGGAUUCCUGGGAAAUGGUAGCACCCAUGGCUAAUAAAAGGAUAAACUUUGGAGUGGGAGUCAUGUUAGGGUUUAUAUUUGUCGUUGGUGGACAUAAUGGUGUAUCACAUUUGUCCAGCAUUGAAAGAUACGACCCUCACCAGAACCAGUGGACAGCAUGUCGACCCAUGAACGAACCCCGCACAGGGGUCGGCUCAGCCAUCGUGGACAACUGCCUCUAUGUGGUGGGGGGUCAUUCAGGGUCAUCGUACCUGAACACAGUGCAGCGCUAUGACCCCAUCUCAGACAGCUGGUUGGACUCCAGUGGCAUGAUGUACUGCCGCUGUAACUUUGGCCUUACUGCCCUUUGACCCCUGGGGCAGUUGUAGGGUACUUAUUGUUGUUUGCAUUUCUUUUAUCUACUCCCGUUUCAUCUUUGGAACUGCGUUCCUCAGAAGGUUGCUGCAGCUGUGUGGAAGCUGGUCCAGCACUUUUCUUUUCUGGAUUUUGGGGUUUUAAAGAAGUAGAGGCAAAGGAUCCGGAAGACGUUUUCCAUAAUGUGAGCAAAGAGACUUCUCCAAAGCUGCGUGGGCUCUGCAAAGGACUAGAAGGUGCUGAACGGCAGGAGACGUCAGUCACUUUGGGGUUUCUUGGGUGGCACUGUGGCAUUUGUCUGUGGUAAUGCCAUUUAUUCUCUGAGCACUCUUUUUAACCUAGCUACAGGUGCAGCUAGCACCUUUAAUUUUUGUUUGUCUCCAGGUCUAUGCCUGUAGAUGAUGUGUAUGCAUGUCAUGGAAGGGAUGAAAUAUUUGUGUGUGUAUGUGUGUGUUCGGGGUAUGUGUGUGUGUGUGUGCGCGCGCAGGACAAGCACUCAGGCUCGGGGUUGAAAUCACCGACUGAGUUUGAAACGUCUGCAUCUAAAGUAGUGCUUCACAAAAAAGUGGAAAAAACUUUAUUCACACUUAAAAAGGGCUGCCUUUCUUUCAACGUGUAUAUACUUUGACUAAAGAAUAUAGAUUAUAUCCUCCAGUGCAUUGCCUGUAAAUGUUAUCUGCACUGGUGUGUGUGUGUGUGUGUGUGUGUGUGUGUGUGUGUGUGUGUGUGUGUGUGUGUGUGUGCGCGUGCGUGCGUGCGUGCAUGUGUGGACUGAAUAUAUUCAUGUUUCACUGCAGUCUCUUAAGAAUUCUUCCAAGUUCUACACAUCUCUUCCUUGGUAGCUGUAGAACAUUUGUUUUUAGUUUUGUCAUAAAUGUACUUAUUUUGCCAUGCCAUGUCUUUAUUCCACACCUUUUCUCUUUCAGGCGUUGAAUGUGAUCGUCUUUUUUUUUUUUUUUUUUAAACCAUUGCAGAGGUGUGGGAGUUCAAAGUAAAAAUCUACUGGUGCUAGUUAAUAAUUCAGGAUUCAUUUCUUUUGUCAGUCAUUUCGCAAAAGCGUAUUUGAUAUUAUUUUUUAAUUUGCAUGUUUGUCAUGUUCUUGUGUUAUUUUUACAUUGAUUUAAAAAAAAAAAAAAAAGAAAAGAUGCUCCAUCAAGCCCUGUGCAAUAACAUCACUCUAAUGAAUUAUGCCCAGCUCAGCAGCCGGAACUAUAGCGUAUAACGUAUUCAGUUUGUCCACAGGAUUAUGCAGGGGUUUCUACAAUAACCUCGUUCAAUACAAUUCUAACAUUUCACAUCCUGAUCACGCAGACUGAAGCUAGUUAGCCUUUCGAAUCCAAAUCCUGACUGAGUUUUUCUAAUAUAUGUAGUUUUUUUCUAUAUGAAGAAGUUCAAUAGAAUUCAAUUAAAUCCAACAAAUGUAACUAUGACCAAAUAUCAGGUUGUGUGAGCUUGACACGUUCAUGUAAAAGAAUAAUAGCGUAUGUUAGAUUCAAGCAGUUCUGUUAUUAAUCAUAAUGCAUAUCGUCCUUUACAUUUCUGCACCUGUUCUCUAAAACAGAGCCUUUAUCAAAUAAACUAUAAUGGCGUCAACACUUAGAAAUACUGUCUAACGUAUCCUGUAAUCGUUCCUGCGUCUUCAUGUGAAGUGAUUAAAAGCUGGUUAUAUGACGUGACUGAAGGCUAAUUUCCCACAGCUGAAAAGACUUCACUAUGAUCAGAAAUAAAUCAGAGAGCACUCUUUGAGACCAGGGACCUCUUGGAAAACUCUUCAAUAAAAUAACCUUUUUUUUAAAAAGCAUAAUUUAAAGGUGGAAUAGUCAAUAUUUUUCCUAUAAUAGUUUAUAUAGUGUAGUGUAUAUAGUAAUAGUUUAAGCCAUUGUCUCAGAACAAUGAAUAUAACACAGCUAAAAAAUAAAAAAAAAAAAAAAAACAGUUUGGAAACCCACUUUCCAGGCUGGGAAUUUGUAUUUGCAUUUGUACUGGCCACGUGCCAGUCAUUUUAUAGACACGCCCCCAACGCCCUUCACAUCCUCAAAUCAUUAUGAGGAGAAGUUUCAUGUUUGUAGAGUUGUAACAUGGCUUUGAAUGUUCGAUUGCGCUUGAAAGUGAUGUCAUGACAGUCCUUGCUAAUGGUAACUCGAGUCGAACCACUAAAUUUUAGGGGCGGAGCUUCGUGUAUGUAAAUGGAUUGAAAUAGAGGCGGGCUCAAUGAGUAAAAAAAAAUGUUACUCAAAUCCACCCAUUUAACCAUUAGAGACAGUUGUUUUUCACAAAUCUUACCUAAUGCGCCUUCAAGACUAAAUGUAAUAGAAACACUUGCGUAGUCCUGUAAUGUUUAUUGUGCUGCAAAUCAUUUGGAAGCCAUCCUCCCAAAUUCAGUCUGUACGUAGGAAUGCAGUGAGAAAGGGCUUACGUAUUCAAAGCUCUUAUGGUCCGCUAUAUAAACCUAUAAUCGGGCGAGAGAAGAACAUAUUUCCCUGAGUGGUUUUUGCACAUGGGUGUAGUUACAAAUGGAGCUCUGCAUUGCACUUAUUAAACACUUUAAUACUUUGUGUGAUAUGUAUAUAAUACAUUUAAGUUGAAGGCAUUUAAAUGAUGCAAUAAGACCAUUUUAUUGUUUUUUUUUUUUUUUUUUUUUUG